AUGCUUAAGCCUAGUCCUCUCUUCCUCAUUUUCUUCAUCUUCUACUUCUUCUCUUUCCCUUCAUACCAUGCCCAAUACACACAAUGCAAGCUACCCUUCGAUUGCGGUGCACUCAAAAACGUUACCUACCCUUUCUGGGGAGGUACUAAUCGUCCACAAGAGUGUGGUCGCUUAGGCUUUGAGCUCUUCAACUGCCAAGAAGAAGAUCAACUCCCUCGCAUAAAAAUCGAAGAACUUGAUUUCCAUGUGUCCAACAUCAACAGCCAAGAGCGUCUUCACACCAUGACAAUCGCUCGCUCCGACCUCUGGGACAGUCCUUGUACUCACCUCCUCGUCAACACCACUCUGGACUACACCCGUUUCUCUUAUGUCCAAACUGUUCGUAACCUCACUCUGUACUACGGCUGCCUCCCCCAAAAUGCAUCAGUCCACAACAAUUUUACAUGCAAAAAUGACGGCACCGGCAUCAGAGAUAUUGCAUACUACGUGGACGAUUCACUUUCGAUGGUCGAUCUUCUGAAUCAAACAUCAUGUUUUACCAAAAUCCGAGUCCCAAUAUUUUGGGAGGGUUUUGAUGCUAUGUCUGAGAAUGCAACGGAAGCAGGGGAAAAGGUUUUGAGACGAGGGUUUCAGGUUGAGUACAGUGCGGAGUGAUGGGCAGUCCCUCCUUAAUGGAGGAGGAAAUCCAUGUGGUGAUUUACCACAUGAGGAAUGCAUGGGUUGGAAUAUUCAAAGAAGGUAGAUAGCAAGCCAUCUUGGAAGGUAGGUAGCAAGCCAUCUUGGAAGGUAGGUAGCUAGCCAUCUUUGAAGUUAGGCAUGCCAAACUUGGAAGAAGACUUGACUUUGCUUCCAAUUGCAUGCCACAUCCAUGAACCCAAUUGCCUAUAAAUAGGCAUGUAAGGUUGUAGCAAAAAUAACCAAAGGCAAGAGUCAUCCAAACUAAUAGAGUUUGAGAUAGUAGUGAGAUCCUCACUUGAGAGAUUAGUGAGAAGAAAAUUCCUCUUGAGAGAUAGAGUGUGUGUUACCACUUUGGUGAAGUUUAGUCACCAAAGUGAGAUUGCCUUGUAAUCCCAUUAUUUAUAUAGUGGAAGAGAGUAUUACUACUGCCCCGAGGACGUAGGCACAUUUGCUGAACCUCGUUAAA